CAUAACUCAUUUCAAUUAUAACACAUAGAAGACGAAAAGAUGAAGAUGUGUUUACCAUUUGUGACAAUAGUGCUAACAACUGUUGUUGUGGUCGUCCAAAACCAUGAAUGUAAGGACUAUGUUCUGUCGGCAUCAGACCAGUCUCUGAUAGAUAUAAUGAAACAUUACCUACAUACGUCAAGAAGAGUGGAAUGUCCCCAGCCAGGUAAAACAUCCAAUACAGGAGUGACUUAUGUGCGUUGGGGAAAGAAAAGUUGUCCAACAGGAUCAAAAAUAGUGUAUACAGGUCAGGUGGGUGGGAAUGGACAUGAAAGGAAAGGAGGUGGUGUAAAUUAUUUAUGUCUCCCUAAUGACCCAGAGAAUGGACAGCAUCAAUCAUAUGACAAUAACCAGGUUCAUGGAGGUGAAUAUGAACUUGGUUCAUCAAUGCAGCCAUCGGGAUGGUCAGAAAGUAUGCACAACAAGGAAGUACCAUGUGCUGUAUGUUACAAACAACGAAGAUCAGCUGUCCUAAUAAUACCAGGUCGAAAGACUUGCUAUAAAGGAUGGAACGCGGAAUACAAUGUUUUUUUGAUGAGUGAUCAUGUUUAACAUAGUAAAUGGGACUUUGCCUGUGUUGACAUGAAUGCAGAACCGCUAGACAAUAAGAAUGUAGGUGAAAAUGGCGCUUUGUUUUAUCCUCUCCGAACCAAAUGUGGCAGUUUAAGAUGUCCUCCCUAUACCAAUGAAGCGGAUGUUCUUUGUGUCGUUUGUACAAAGUGAAAUGUUUGACAUCAAAUGAAAAUACAUAAAGACUUGCUUUUGCUAUAUUGAUAUCUUAAUCUCAUGUAUUUUGUUAUUGAAUAAUUCAAUAUU